AUGGAUCCUUUUCCCCACAACUCCCACGGGUUUGUAAACCUAUUAUCUCCACAGAGCAGUCAAACAAUUGACUUAGCGUCUGCUGAGAUGCCUAGGUUUAGUAGCCAGCAGUCUGAUGUUCCUAAACCAGUGGAAAGGAAAAGGUGGACAGCACAAGAAGAUAUUGUGCUCAUCAGUGCUUGGUUGAACACGAGCAAGGAUCCAAUAGUUAGUAAUCAGCAGAAGGCGGGGUCGUUUUGGAAGAGGAUAGAGGAGUAUUUCAACGCAAGCGCUAAGUUAAGUGGCUUUGCUGAGAGAGAGUGGGGCCAGUGUAAGCAGAGGUGGGGACGGCAAAGAAGAAAUGGGCACGGAAGGUACGGGCUAUCUGCACUCCAAAAGUGUACGGCGGCUAUACGUAUGCUGGCAUAUGGUCAAUCGGGAGAUACGUAUGACGAAUAUCUCCGACUUGGAGAAAGUACUGCACGUUUAUGUUUGGAAAAUUUCACUGAUGGGAUAAUGGAAUUGUUUGGAGAAGAGUAUCUGAGAAGACCCACACCCGAUGAUCUUCAACAUUUACUCGAUAUUGGAGAGGUACGCGGUUUUCCAGGGAUGAUAGGCAGCAUCGAUUGUAUGCAUUGGGAGUGGAAAAACUGUCCUACGGCUUGGAGAGGACAAUACACACGUGGUUCAGGAAAGCCGACAAUUGUCUUAGAAGCUGUGGCAUCUCAGGAUCUGUGGAUAUGGCACGCAUUUUUCGGCUUACCAGGUACUCUCAACGAUAUCAAUGUUCUUGAUCGCUCUCCUGUUUUCAGUGACAUUUUAGAGGGUCGAGCACCUAAAGUUAAUUUCAAGGUCAACAACCACACUUAUCGUAUGGCGUACUACCUUACUGACGGAAUUUAUCCGAAUUGGGCAACAUUUAUCCAAUCCAUCUCGCUUCCUCAAGGUCCUAAAGCAGAGCUAUUUGCUCACCGUCAAGAAUCCACCAGAAAAGAUGUUGAACGGGCUUUUGGAGUAUUGCAAUCAAGGUUUGCAAUAGUUAAAAACCCUGCUCUACUUUGGGACAAGGUUAAGAUAGGAAAGAUUAUGAGAACUUGUGUCAUUUUGCACAAUAUGAUAGUAGAGAACGAACGAAGCGGAUACGCUCAAAUUGAUACAUCUGAGUUUGAGUCAGGGGAGUCGAGCAGGAGUUCCCAGGUGCAAAGGACAACAAGUAUGAAUAUCGGUAAUAUGCGUGGCAUUCGCAAUGAAGUUCGGGAUUCACAGAUACAUGAUCGUUUGAAAGCUGAUUUAGUUGAAAAUGUAUGGCAAAAGUUUGGUAAUGUCGAUGAAUAA